UUCCAAUUUGACAUUUACUGUGGCCGUGUCAUCUUCCGAACUUACACGUCGUCGUUUUAUGUGUUUUUUACACUGCAAUCUUAUCAGAUUUUACCUGAUUCCUACAUUUUCUUAUUUGGUUAUAAGUAAUAAUGUCGUCUAAUGAAGAUACUGCUCAACUUAAGGCGGGGCACCCGCCUGCAGUUAAAGCCGGUGGCAUGAGAAUCACCCAGCACAAAGUCCCACACCCUAAAGACACUAAGGAGACUACCAACGAAGACUUCACCGGGCUCGCUGGACCUUCCCCAGUACCGUCUAACCCAGUCUCCAUCGCUGGGGCUCCGAACAAAGGUAACGCGGACUUUACUCCAGAAGCCGCUCAGGUGGCCCACAGUCCAAAGCCUCCAGCGCACAUCAACUUCCGGCCACAGCCCAACAUCCAACAACCCCGGAAGUAGAUUGGAGUAUCGACAGCAUAUCAUCUCUUAACGUUUACAUAAGGUAUU